AAUCUUUCCUCCCCUCGCCUGUGGCCACAGCGGUGCUAAUCAUACUGUCGUUAACAUGAUGAGAAGUGUGCUGUUCAGUCAGGAUUCAGAAUAAAAGGUGUGACAGGCUGUGAUGCAGGGAGAUGAUUGUACCUCUUUUUGUCAGACAAAUUACAGCCGUGCCAGAGGUGAUUGGCUGUUCAUACAUUUCUCACAGUCUCUCUUUAGUAGCUGACUGGGUGUUGUGACCGCUGGUUUCCUGUCUGAAAGUUGAGCAGAUGUGAGGCAAGAUCAGCUGGGGUGUCGAGAUGCUCUUUCACUGUUUGGUGCUAAUAGGAAUGCACUAUCUGCCUUCCAGAAGCUGCGGUACAUAUCCAGCUGGCACACAGGUUGCUGGCUAAGGGAAACAGCCGAUAAUGCACGGCACCUGCUCUGGAGCCACACCCACUUCCUGCCUGUAGAGGAAGCGGCUGUGCCAGCAUGUCCUCUCAUCCCCAGUCUGUGCCAUCGGGCCGGAGGACUGUGGACACACGGCACCUGCCAAACCCUGCCACUUUACCACUGCAGCUGCAGCGGGCACACACGGAAGUGGGACUGGUGGACUACCACUCUCAUCAUGCCAGGGACUACAGCUCCCACCUGGCCCAGCCACAUCGCCGUCGGCCUUCCUUACUUUCAGAGUUUCAGCCUGGGAAUGAGAGAGGACAAGAGCAGCACAUCCGCUAUGAGCACAUCUACCUGCCAGAGCCCAGCCAAUCAGAGGUGGAGUAUGCAGAGAUCAAAAGGCCUCGAUUAGAUAUGGGACCAGAGUCUCUGAUGAGGCCCUCAUCCCACCGGGCAGCGUUGCCCCUGGGAGCAGCCGAGGACAUAGCAAAGGAGCGUGGAAGUGCCAUGGGGAAACUAGAGCCGAUCUCCCCUGUGAGCCCGGUCCAUAUGGACCCUGAUUUGGAUCUGGUGCCGGCUCGCUUCUCCAAGGAAGAGCUGAUCCAGAACAUGGACCGUGUGGACAGGGAGAUCACCAUGGUGGAGCAGCAGAUCUGCAAGCUUCGAAAGAAACAGCAACAACUGGAGGAGGAGGCUGCAAAGCCCCAUGAGCCAGAGCGGCCCAUCUCGCCGCCCCCCAGUGAGGCCAAGCACCGUAGCCUGGUGCAGAUCAUCUACGAUGAGAACAGGAAAAAGGCAGAAGAAGCUCACAGGAUCCUGGAGGGACUGGGACCCAGGGUAGAACUGCCUCUGUACAAUCAGCCUUCUGAUACCAAGCAGUACCAUGAGAACAUCAAAAUAAACCAGGCGAUGAGGAAGAAGCUCAUCUUGUACUUCAAGAGGAGAAAUCAUGCUCGUAAACAGUGGGAACAGAAGUUUUGCCAGCGCUACGACCAGCUGAUGGAAGCCUGGGAGAAGAAAGUGGAGCGCAUUGAAAACAACCCGCGGCGCCGAGCCAAGGAGAGCAAGGUGCGGGAGUACUACGAAAAACAGUUCCCAGAGAUCCGCAAGCAAAGAGAGCUGCAGGAGCGCAUGCAGAGCCGUGUUGGUCAGCGAGGAGGUGGGCUGAACUCGUCUGCAGCUCGCAGUGAACAUGAAGUCUCUGAGAUCAUUGAUGGACUAUCAGAGCACGAGAACACGGAGAAGCAAAUGCGGCAGCUGGCGGUCAUCCCUCCUAUGCUGUUUGACGCCGAGCAGCAGCGCAUCAAGUUCAUCAACAUGAAUGGAUUGAUGGACGAUCCCAUGAAGGUGUACAAGGACCGGCAGGUUAUGAACAUGUGGAGCGAGCAGGAGAAGGACACCUUCAGAGAGAAGUUCAUUCAGCACCCCAAAAACUUUGGUCUGAUUGCGUCAUUUCUGGAGAGAAAGACGGUGGCCGAGUGUGUUCUCUUUUACUACCUGACCAAAAAGAAUGAAAACUAUAAGAACAUAGUGCGGAGGAACUACAGGCGUCGAGGAAGAAGCCAGCACGGCCAGCAGCAGCAGCAACAGCAGCAGCAGGUGAGCCGCAGCAGCCAGGAGGACAAGGAGAAGGAGGAGAAAGAGAAGGAGGCCGAGAGGGAUGAAGACAAAAAUGAAGCUGAGGAAAAGGAGGAUGGAAUGAAGGAUGACACCUCUGGAGAAGAUGCAGAGGACAAAGAGCCCGCUGUGGCUUUCAAGGGUCGACGCACCGCCAACAGCCAGGGGCGCCGCAAGGGCCGCAUCACCCGCUCCAUGACCAGCGAAGUGGAGGAGACCACCACGCCGCCACUCAACAAUGAGCUCGCCAAUCUGGAGAUGAAUGAGAGCUCUCGUUGGACUGAAGAAGAGAUGGAAACUGCCAAAAAAGGCCUUCUCCAGUAUGGUAGGAAUUGGUCCGCCAUCGCCAAGAUGGUGGGAUCGAAAACCGUGUCUCAGUGCAAGAACUUCUACUUCAACUACAAGAAGAGGCAGAAACUGGAUGAGAUUCUGCAGCAGCAUAAAAUAAAAUCAGAGAAGGAACGAAAAGCGCGUCGUAGGGGCAAAGCCCUGCAGAACGAGGAGGCCAGUGCCCAGUAUCCUGCAGAGGAGGAGGAGAUGGAGGGUUCAGGAGCCAGCGGUAACGAAGAGGAGGCCCCUGAAGAUGGAGAAGUUGGAGCCAACAACAGCUCCGACACGGAGAGUUUGCCCUCGCCACACUCAUCAGAGGACAGCAAAGCAAAGGAGGAAGGCUCAAGCAGGUCAAAGGCCAGUUCCGGCGGCGGGGACAAGGAGGCAUCUGGGUCUGACUCGGCCCAGGCGGGGGAUGAGAAACCUCCUGUUAAGGAGGAUGCAGACUCAGCCAUCAAGCAGGAGAUAAAGACUGAGAUUGUGGAGCCCAACAAGGAGCAGCCAGCACCGCCCAGCGAUGCCUCAGAUAGAAAACCUCCUACUGCGGAGACGGACGAGGUCAAAGUCUCCACCAAGAGCUCCAAGAAGGACCACGGGGCCAAAACAGGCUCCCAUGGGGACAGUGACUCUAGUGCCACAUGUAGCGCUGAUGAAGUGGAGGAGACAGACAACGUGGAUAAGAGCAGGAUGACCUCUCCACGGCCAGUCCUGCUGAAGUAUCCUCACGAUGGAGUCAUAUCCUCCCCACUGCAGAAGCCCAUGGACCUGAAGCAGCUCAAACAGCGGGCUGCUGCUAUACCUCCUAUUAUGCCAGAAGCCUCCGCACAGGGCGGUCAGCGGAGUGGGGGCGUUAAGGCAGUGCUGCCCCCGCAUGCCCUGGCUCUGUACCAGCAGCAGAUCACCAUGGCUCAUGGGGAGUCCUCUCAGGAGGUCAAACAGCAGCAGCAGCCAGGCAAACAGCAGCCUUACAACCCACAGGCAGAGAGAGACAGGGAGGCUCUUCAUAGCAGCAGCCCUCGUGUUCGCCCUCGCAGCCCCUCCACCGGUGACAAGGAUGAAAAGUCGCGGUCGUUCUCUCCGCAUGGUGAAGCCAAGAAGCAGGCGCUGGGCCCCGAUGACCUGAGGACUUCUAACUUGGGUCGGCCGGUCCUCUCCCCCUACCCGCCGAUGUCCCCGCGAGACAUGGCCAAGAUCAGUCACGACCAGCACCUGCUCCACUUCAGCACGUUCCAACAAGCAGGCCACCCCUCCCUCGCCGGCCUGCCACAGGACGGCGGUCGGCUAGCGGCAGUGAGGCCGCUCAUGAUGCCCGAGCCACCGCCACUGAUUUCCUCCAGCAAGCCAGGAGGCUCCAUCACGCAGGGCACCCCGGUGCAGCUGCACAGCCCAGCUCAUGGGCUGGACCACGGGAAGAUGACGCCCACGCAGAUGGGCUUGUCUUGGAUGGAUCAGAGGAAAGUGGGUCCUUUCCCUGUGGUGAAACAGGAACAGUUGUCCCCUCGCAGCUCGUCCUCCCAGGCUGACAGCCUGUCCACCCAGGGGACGCCUCAUGAUGGUGCUGCUGGACGUGCUUCUAUCUCAGCUGUUCAGGGUGGGAGCAUCACUAAGGGCAUCCCAGGGACCAGAAUGCAUCCCGAUUCCUCCAUCUCCUACCGAGGGGGCUCCAUCACUCAGGGGACGCCGGCUGACGUGCUGUAUAAGGGAACCAUAACCCGUCUGAUCACAGAAGACAGUGCCAGUCGGGCUGAGAGGGAGCGGGACGAGGCGCUGUCGAAAGGCCAGGUGGUCUACGAGGGCAUCAGCGGCCACAUUCUCACAUACGACCGCUCAUCGUCUCAGACCCCUAAAGAUGAGGGCCGAGGCUCUGGGCAGCCUGGGGAAAUUCUGGGUCUGAAGCGUCCCUAUGACGUCAUGGAGGGGGGCAUCUCUAGAGGGCUGCCUAUGAGGGAUUCACUGUCCGCUGCCAACUGUGAGGGCCUGAUUGGUCGAGCCAUGCCUCAUGACAGGGACAGCCCGCACCACACGCCCUACAAGGACGCCCAUCACAUCCGUGGUUCCAUUUCACAAGGUAUACCUCGUCAUCUGGACCCUCAGGACGGCUACCUGAGGAGGGAGGCGAAGCAGAUGAAGCGAGAGGGCUCCCCACCCCGUGGGCCCGGCUCGCUUUCUGACCCGAUGAAAGGCAGGGAGGGAAUGGUGCCCACGGUGAAGGAGGCCGGCCGCUCCAUUCACCUCAUCCCCAGGGAGGAGCUCAGACAGCCUGGCAAGGAGGGCAUCAUAGCACAGGGAACACCUCUGAAGCAGGAGGCGGCUGGUUCAGGGAAACGUCACGAUGUUCGCUCCAUCAUAGCCAGUUCACCACGUUCCUACCACAACGCCCCCUCCCACCUGGACAGGGGUCGCUACGAAGAGGCACCAAAAGGGCGGCCCAGCGCGGUGGUCAGUACAGCUAGCCCCAUAGCCCGCUCUUCUCCCCUGACACUGGGGUCAGAGCAGGGAAGCAAGGCCCAUCAUAGUCCAGUGGGCUACGAGGACAAAGGGGCCUUAAGGACUGCUUACCCUGGACCCUCACAUCGUGGCUCCCCGCUGUCCAGGGAGGCCAGCCAAAGGCAGCAUGAUGGUUCCAGUAAGAAUCCACCCCAGGAGCGUAAAGCCACACCAACCCCCAGAGAAAUGAGUGCGACCAAAUCACCACUCCCAGGUGUUCCAGAUCAGCAGACCUAUGAGCGUCUGCUGCAGGGUCUCGGAGCUGCAGACGUGUACCGUCAAAUCCCCUUGGCCUUCGAUCCUGCAGCGCUGCCCCGUGGAAUCCCCAUCGAUCCCGCAGCCUACUACCUGCCUCGCCACCUGGCCCCCAACCCGGCAUACCCUCAUCCCUACCCAUACCUCAUCCGUGGCUUUCCUGACACUGCAGCCCUGGAGAACCGCCAGACGCUGCUCAACGACUACAUCACCUCCCAGCAGAUGCACCAGUGGCCUGCAGCUGCUGCCAUGGCCGCCCAGCGCUCAGACCUGCUGAGGGGCCUCACUCCACGAGACCAGCCCCUUCCUCUGCCCUACUCUGCAGCCCCGCGUGGGAUCAUCGAUCUUUCUCAGGUGCCACACUUACCUGUCCUGGUCCCUCCCUCUGCAGGGGCAGCUAGCUCCCCAAUGGAUCGCAUCACCUACAUCCCCGGGGGAAGCACCACCUUCCCCGGCAGGCCUUACAAUACCUCCCCCAUCUCACCUGUUGGAUCGUCACACAUGACCAAGAUGCAAAGCGCAUCUUCAGACCGCGAGCGGGAAAGAGACCGCGAGCGCGACAGAGAGAGGGACAGGGACAGGGAGAGAGACCGAGAGCGGGAGAGAGAGAGGGAGCGUGAACGGGACCGCGAGAGGGACCGAGACAGAGACCGGGAGAGGGACCGAGACCGAGACAGAGAGCGCGACCGGGAGAAGGGCGGCUCACUGGGAAAUGUGGAGCACGCUCCCAUCUGGCGACCAGGUACAGAGCACAGCUUGGCAAGCAGCAGCGGCGGCGGCAUGAGACCUUCUUCCCAACCAUACGGCCACCAGCACUCCCCAGUGUCCCCCCGCACACAGGAGAACGUGCAGCAGAGACCAAGUGUCCUGCACAACGCCGGCGGCAAGAGUCUUUCUGUCAGCGAACACUCCAGCUCAUCUGUGUUUCGGUCCGUGUCCUCGGGGCAAGCCCGCUACCAGGGUUACCCCGGCCACCUCACCCAAAGGACCAGUGUGCCCCCAGACGCCUACCCACCCGCCAUGGAGUCCAGCGUGGCCAAGGAGCAGAGUCGCGAUGGAGGCAAAAACAGGGGAGGUCUGCCCAAGCACGUGCAGGACCAACACGGGCCCUCCAGUAAAUGUGACCCCAAGCUGCCCAGCCCCAGCCCAGGAGGACUAUAUCCAGGUUCCUACCCGUCGGUUUCAGGCCGCUCGCAACACCUGCUGCCUCCCCAGUCGGAUAACCCUCCCGGCCGUGGAGAAAGUACACCUAGUAGGGAAAAGACUCAAAACAAACCGAUGUCCUUUCAGGAACAAGAGCUCCGAGCACUCGGUAAGACCACCAUGACUGCGGCCAACUUCAUAAACGCGAUUAUUAUGCGUCAAAUUUCUUGUGAAACGGGGAUGCCAGAGACGGGCUCGCUUGUUGCCAGCAGCGCCACUGAUGCUCAACAGAAGAUGGAGCCACACGGUCUGUAUCGUCCUCCCUCUGAGGAGGGACUGUCCCCGGGCCAGCAGCCCCCGUCCCCCUGUGUCAAAGGCAGCCAGCGGGUGGUCACCCUGGCUCAGCACAUCAGCGAGGUGAUAACUAAAGACUACACCAGGCAGAGCCAGCAGCAGCAGGGCUACCACGGCUCUCCUGUCCUGGACCUGACCCGUCCACCCAGUGCCUCCCAGCCCCCACCCACCUCACAGGAGUCCGCCCAAGGACCCCGAUAUCCGGAGGGGCUCGGUGGAGAACGCAGCAGAGACCUGUCUCCUCCUCAGCCCAAGACAUCACCUGUCAGCGUUUCCAAUGAUGGCAUAGAACCAGUGUCUCCUGCAGGGGCCAACUCGGAGCCUGAAGUCCAGGGAGGGGUCUCCUACCCCCACGAGCAGGGAGAGCACGGAGUGGGCUCCCGUUCUCCACCCAACGCCUCCCAGCCUCCAGCCUUCUUCAGCAAGUUGACCGAGAACACCUCAGCUAUCGUCAAGUCAAAGAAGCAGGAGAUGAUCAAGAAGAUGACUGUGGUGGGCAACGAGGGCGAGUUCAACGCAGGACAGCCGGGAACAGAGAUCUUCAACAUGCCGGCGUCUACAGCUGCAGGACCCGUGAGCGUCCGCUGCCACCCGGUUCAAGAGGCACCUGGUAACUCAAUAGGCCUGGAGGCCAUAAUCAGGAAGGCCUUAAUGGGCAAAUACGAUGACCAGUCGGAGGAACGCUCUCCAUCCAACGCCGCUAACCCGCUGGGCGCCGGCAUGUCUGCUGUGGCUGUAGCCGACGGACGUGUUGAGGACUUUUUCUCACAGGGGGGAGGAAAGUCCUCCAAGGGCAGCGGCCGCUCAAACGGGAGGAAGGCCAAGUCUCCGGGACCAGGCAUGUCAGGGGGGGAGAGACCGUCCUCCGUGUCCUCGGUCCACUCUGAGGGAGACUGCAACAGACGAACUCCUCUCACCAACCGAGUCUGGGAGGACCGGCCCUCGUCCACAGGUUCAACUCCGACUCCCUUCCCGUGUAACCCACUGAUAAUGCGUUUCCCCAGCGGGACAGUAUCCGCUCCGUCCCCCUCCUCUGGCCAGCCGGGGGGCCCGGGCCUGGGAUUAGGACCCGGCCAGGGCCGGCCCUGGGAGGAGGAGCCCAAACCUCUGCUCAUGUCUCAGUACGAGACCCUGUCUGACAGCGAGUGAGCCGAAAGUCUGUCGUACCGCAGGAGCCGCUAGCACACACACACACACACACACACACACACACACACACACCUGCUGAGGCGUCGUCACCCCCACCUGCACCAUUCCACUCGGCUUUUCCUCCAUCAGUCAGGAUCGUGUCGUCCUCUCACACACCUGAGCUGGAACACUGUGUGUGUGUGUGUGUGUGUGUGUGCGUGUGCGUUUACACUUACGUGUUAUGCGUUCACUCCGGGACUCAUCUAAAGGACAAAUCACUUUCUUUUUAACUGUACUACUUUUCCCUCACUGGCCUUAUCGAUGCGGACAGAUGGACCUGCGCCUCUCAGGUGCGCCGCUCCGCUGUGCUGACACUCGUGUGGACUGGACUCUGAGGUGCUGCUGGUCCGGUCAGGAGCCUCACCAUACAUUCUGAUCUGACCCCAGAGCCCACACAGCGAGGACCUUCUGGUGUUUUCUCGUGCAGGUGGCCUCGACCGACGAGAACACGCGUGAGUGGAUGGAGGAGAAUCAACAUCCUGUUUUGUUUUUUUGUUUUGUUUUUUUUUUCUUUACUUCCCCCCCAAUCAGUCGAGUCCUGUGUUUGGAUCAUGAGCUGAGACCUUUAAGUACGUUCUGAUGGUGAACCUUUGGUGUCAUUUGUUGUCUAUUAUCUGCAAUGAUGUAUCUUUUGUUGGGCGCGGGGGUGCGGUGGUUGUUCUGUGGGAGGGUCAUAUCUUUGGUUUACAGGGUAAACAUGCUGUUCAUUGCUGAUGUCAUAUUUUAGGGAGGGUCCUGAGGAGCAGCUGACUUCAGGAGAGAUGAUUUGCCAGACGGAUGGCACUGAAACAAGUGACACUUUCUCACUGUUUUUAUAUUAACCAUGUCUGUGUUUGUUGAAACAGUCUUUGGAUAUUAAGCACUUAGUUGUCAAUCUGUUCACAACAGCAUUUUUAAGAAUCUGUGUUGGAAAACGGACUGUAGAAACACCACCGCGGAGGUAUCCUUCUGUUUUUUUUUGGUCCUGCCACCGAUAUCCUUCAUCGCUCCCACACUCAAAGCGACAAUCACAUUCUGGUGAACGACGAUGACGCCGCUUCGAGCAGGUGCAGGCCAACCUUAAAGCUGCUUGAAGGCCGACUCCUCAGCAUCACUUUGGAGUUCGCCUGCGUUUGAAGAGGUGACAAACAAACAAAGCCAUCUUCCUGCGACUCCCUCGCUCCAUGCUAGCAUCCCGUCGAGGAGCUGUCGUGUGACGGUCUGACCUCCGACCGUUCGCUGCUUCGACGAGGAGCUCAGUUCCUCAUCCAGGCAGAUUUUUGUACAGUUAUGAGAUACUCUUAGUGUUAAGUGCCAUUUAUUUUACAUAUACAGUACUGAAGUUACCAAGUGACGCACAAGUUUUCUUUUAAGCCCCACCCCCAUGACAGGGUUUAUUCUGUCCACGCAGGGAAAUCUGAAAACAAAAGCGUAAAUGAAACGUCCUUUCUCGUGCUUUUUUUUUUUUUGUUCCAAAUCCAUCACAGCCUUAGCUUUUUAACUGAAGACGGCGCCUGCAUCAGACCUUCUUCAAGUGUACUUCAUUGCCCCCCCCACCCCCCACCCCCCGGGUCCGUGCUGGUUGGAGGAGGUCAAGGGAAAGCCAUUCGGAAGCUGCAAGUUUUACAUCAGUGCUCACAUUUUACGGCAGUAUUUCAACGGUCGGUGGUUCCGAAAGACGUUACCUCUGUGUCUGUGCUUCGUUUUGUCCCAGUGGAUUCUCAAACAUGACUGUUAAUAGGACUACCUCCUCUCACUGCUCGAAUCAUCCAGCAUCGCGCUGCAGUUGCACAAAGCUCAGCCGUGUUUCUGUCCUUUCUGUCAAGACUGAGGGUUCGUAUUUCCACUACAGCCAGCUCUCUGCGCGUCUCGUUUAUCCACUGAUGAAGUUUAAGAAUGUGACGGCAAACAGACUAAGCCAUAUCCAGCUGUCCCCUGAAGCGACGACGGGCUGAUGUGUUGUUUUUAAAAACAUACUGAAAUGAAUUUUAACAUGCGUCUGUUUUGUUUUGGGGUUUUUUUUUUUGUCCUUAACGUCGUUUGAAUUUCAGCCACAUCACCAAUCAAAAGAUAGUCAUUUAACACACAAAAGCUGGUAGCUCAUGUGUUCACUGUCCAAGCGUGGGUUGUGGGGCGUGGGAUUGACAUCAUAAACCGUACAUUGUUCAACCAUUUUGUGCAUAAUGAUUUUUUUUUUAUUAUUAUAACCCACUGUAUAAUAGCAAGGAUUGUAUAUAAAACUGAAGAGAUGUAAAUAUUUAUGUGGCUUGCUUCAAGGUUGGUAUUACAGAAAAGAAAAGGAAAAAAAACAAAAGAAAUAUUCACAUGGUUAAAUUCUACAUGCCCACCAGCAAGCUUUGUGGAUAGCAGUGUAAAAAUGAAAACAAAAAAGACACUGCCUUAAUGUUUAAAUAAAAAGCUUAUUGCCAUU